AUGGCGGAGAACGUCGCAGCGUGCGCACCUGUUAAGGGACCGCGUGUUUCCGAGGGCCACCGGGAGACUGUGCUCUCGUUUAUGGAGCAGCAUCCCCAGCUGGCUUCAAGAUCCAGCGAGCUGGGGCCGGGUUUCACCGCUGGCGACCGGCGACGGCUGUGGCAGCAGCUGGCCGACGUUCUAAACGAGCAAGGGCCCAUGGUAAAAGCAGCGGACCAAUGGCAGGAGUGGUGGCGCAAACAGGUCUACGAGGCCCGCCGCGACGCCAUCGCAAUUGCCCAAGUGCAAAGAAGCACUGGAGGGGGCCGCGCACCCGGCUUCCACGGCCGAGUACUGAACUUGACGGGUAUGGUCCGCCUGCGUGGCGUCGCCGACCUCCCCUACCAAGAGCAGGCCGACGUUCCCACUGCUGCAAUGGAGGUCGUCGUCGAGGCUGCGGAUGUGAGGAGCACGGCGACACCGGCAGAGGAUCCACCACGCGGUGCAUCGGACUCAGAAAGGGUGGCCGCUGCACCUGUGUUGCAGCGUCCUGUACGGCCACCACGCCGACAGCGACCGCGACGGGUGGACACCCUCACAACCAUGUCGUCGCAGUGCGCCCGCAGCCUUGAACAGGACGACGAGAUGCUCCAGGUUGGUAGAUCGUUUGGUGUCAUUUUACACGAAAGACAAAUAUUCUUUGUACUCGGUUAUCAUAAGUGA